CUCAUCCAUCGCCUUUCGCGACACCACGCAUGAUUCACUUCUACAGCCGGCCAACUCGUUUUUGCUGCUUACAUUUUUGACAAAAUUACGAGCUGAUGUACUAUCGUGUAGAAUUUAUUCCAAACACCAUAUUAGACAACGGCCUAAUUCGAAUCUUUGGAUGACUUAUCGGCUUCUUGUCGCAGUAGAAUAGCACCAGAGCAACCUUUUUUUCCUGUCUGUUUCCUGUCGUUUUAAUAUAGACUUCGAACAGAAAUCUCUGCUCUCUUUUUCUCACAAAAUGGGCUACGUUCUUCGACGACACAUGAGAGCCGCACACCUGAGCAAGAAAAAUCCUGCGCCGCUCUAUAAUUGCUCGGUUGCCGGGUUCUUGAUUGCAACUGCAGGUGCUUGUAUUGCAGGAGCACUAGCAGCCUCGCAUCACACGAGGACCUACACUGGCGAGAAAGCAGCAGAGGGAGCUACGAGGACCCACAGCCGCCUCCUUUCAGAAGAGCUACCCGGGGAUGCGGACGCUGCGGCCGGUCCUGUCGUGUCCCCCGCCAUGGUGGAUCCACCUUUUCCAACAAGCGCGGAGAGUACAACAUCUCCUACUUUCGCGGUAGGAACAACGGGCGACCAACUGCACAGCUUCACCGACGAUUUCGUGUUUUGCAGUGAGGCACUACAAGCAGAGCCUAAAGCUUGCGUGGGGGGGACGUUGGUGUAGGUGCUUAGCAUAGCAGAGGCCUGCCAAGAUGCCACCACAGCUCGUGGUGACACGAAAUUCGCGACUUUUUUGGCUCCGUGUCACCGUCCCGUGUCACCACUCGUGUCACCAACCCAAAAAGCUGCCCCGAUGCCCUCCCACCCCCGCUUGAUAUCUGCCCAAAUGGCCCCCAGAUAGGCUUGGUGGCUGCCACAAUGGACCCCUGAAUGCACGCGCAGCAGCCUGGAGUCAACAUCUUCAUGACGACUCCAGGCUGCAUAACUGCAUCUAUUAAGGCUGUGGCAGAGGCUUUGCCUCUACAUCAAAAGGUCAGGGCUAGCCGGCCCAUCCUCCUCACGACUCUGACUACUUACAGUCAGAGAAGCGGCCUCCACUGGCUGAGAAAGGACAGGCGAAAGAAGCAUCAUCGCAGGCAUUGAGACCUAGCACAAAGGCCGUCGCUGGGGGGGGUGCCAGAAAUUCAUAUUGCUCGGCAGUCACCUGAAAGUCACGGACUGAAUUCCUAACGUCCAUCCAAGCUGUAACCAACUGCACAGCUUCACCGACGAUUUCGUGUUUGAUGUGGUGGUGAAGUCGCGACUGAAGCGAGAGACGAGGCAGCUGAAGAUGCUCCAGGAUUUGGUGGAAUUGAGCGGGAUAAACGAGGCGAGAUAUCAAAUGUAAAAAUGUCUGGGUCUGGAAAAAUACGCGAUUUGUCAUGCAGCUUUUCCAAAUGACCCAUGAGGUCUGCAAUGCAGGACCUGGCGUGACAGAUUCUGUGCGAAGAUCUCUCUCAUGCCUAUCUUGCAUCAGAAACUCCCUCCCGACUUGGUCAAAAGUGGGCAACUUUUGGUAAUCAUGCAACACAGAUUUUUGCAUGCUUCAGAUUUAGCAUGACAAGUGGGAUUCUUCCAGACAUCCAGGGAUUUUCGCAUUUGAUACGAGAAGUGUGAAAACCAAAACGACAACAAAUAAGCACGGAACGACGACUGGAGAUCAGGAGGACGGGAUGAACAAAGAACAAGUGGAAGACGCGGACCACACUUCUGGCACGACCCGUCUGGAACAACCGACCCGAAUGGCGUCAUCCUUUCUUCCCAACGCAACAACCUUGUUCGAGCUGGAUGCGUUUAACGAGGAUUUUUUUCAGGUUUUGAAACAAACGAAACCGGCGAUUGGGGCGUGAUGAUGAUGAAAAUGGGGAUCAUGUGGAGCACCACGACCGCGGGGCAAUUGCAAAAAAGAACGUGAGCCCUUCAUCUAAUAAAUUAGACUAGUAUAGCGGAACUCCAAGAACUUGUGACCGUCGAUCUGUAGGAUUUUGGAAUGUUACUUGUUUUUACCGAUUAUACUCUCCGCUGCAAUAGUUCCUUGUUUUGGAACAGCAGUUGAUGUGCUAGCAAGCCGUUCUUAAAGAAGCCAUAAAAUAAUCGAUAGUAGACAUUGCCGAGCAGGGUCUGCAACUGCAGCAAGGAUCUUUUUGUAGAAUUACAGUCAAAAGUCAAAGUAGACGACGACCAGCACGAGGAUGCCAGAAGAAGCUAAAACGCACAAGAGGAUGCUAAAAAUGUUUCGAACGACUUUACUUACGAAAGCGAGCCAAAAGCAACGAUAGAACAUGAACCGCAAAAGGCCAAUGGAAAAA